GCUCAGAAAGUAAAGCGUCGGAAAUCGGGAGUUUGAAAGUAGUCUCAGUUCUGCUUGCGAGCGCGGCGGAACAGUCGUGUGACAACCGCCCGAUAAACGAAAAUCUAGUGCCUGACGUGGAUUGUGAUGUGCCUUGAGUGAGUGUUGAAAGUGCCUAAUAAAUAUUGAAACUUAUAUUUUUUAUUAAUUUUGAAACCAGUGAUCUUAGUGCCAAUACGAUGGAGUUGAAGAGGCUGUCUAUAUGUAUGGCGUUGUUUAUGUUGGCGUUCGUCGCACAAUGUUCAGAAGCCCGACACUCGAGGGAUCGUCGUGAAGUCGACGAUGUUCACUACGAAGACGUGCUGGCUGAUGAAGCGACUGAUGAUGAAGCACAAAACGACGCUGAAGGCAAUGAUGCAGAUGAAGACGAAGAAACAGAUGCUAUUAUAGUGACACAACCUACCAAUUACAAUGCUACACUUGGAAAAGAUAUCAGAUUGGAGUGUAAAGUUUCACCAGCAGAUGGCGUCGUUGUGCAGUGGACGAAGAAUGAUGGAAAAUUUUUCAUAGGAACGCAGAAGCCUUUGGAUCAAAAUCUAACUUCUUACGGAAUCGAAAACAGAUUUUCUAUUCCUGCAAAUUCGACUGAUCUAUUGAUAAAAGAUGUGAAGUUACUCGACAGCGGCGCCUACAAGUGUGACAUAUUACAGAUGAACCGUGCGACGAUUGAACACACAUUAGUUAUAUUCGAACCUCCUAAAAUUAUCAGGUUCACCGCUAGCGAUGACGGUCAAAUUGUGGAAGGUUCCGAUAUUCUGCUCACUUGCGAGGUAUCUGGAUCACCCCCACCUCAAAUUGUUUGGUCAAGGGAUGGAGAAAAUGGGAACAAACGUCUCGCAGAAAAGGAUGGAGAGUUCAAAUUUAAUUCCGUGUAUAUCAAGAACGUUAAACGUGAGCAUUCCGGCAAAUACUACUGCUACGCUUUCAAUGGAGUUGGUUCAAAUCAAGCCGAGGUCUACAUUACGGUGAAAGGCAAACCUCGCGUUCAUGUUCAUAAGACUGUCGUGAAUUCCGCCAUCAAUGUCGAAGCUGUUCUGCAAUGUGCCGUGCACGAUGAGCCAACUUCCCACAUUCGUUGGUAUAAAGACGGUCAACGUAUCAAGGAGUCCUCUACUGAGUACACUGUCAGCACAAGGGGCCAACACUCCAACCUCACCGUUACCCCAGAUGACGAUCAAGACUUUGGUACAUUCACUUGUGAGGCUGAAAAUGAAUUCGGUUCACACAAUAGAUCUAUCGACCUCGUACAGAGUCCAGUAGUUGAACGUCUUCAAGUGGAUGGACCCAGGCUGUCAUGGACUAUACUCUCACACCAGCCCGUGGAACAGAUAGAACUCCAACUUAAAGAUAUGUCUGGGGAAGGAGAGUGGAGAACAUUGAGUGUACCAGUACCUAAAGGCAGGAACCAUGAAUAUGACGUUGUCUAUACACUAGAGGACCAGCUGCAGAGCGGAAAGUACGAAGCAACUGUCAAAGUGAAGAACAUCAAAAGCUGGAGCGCACACACGGACAGCGCUUUCGUUGAAAUAGAAGCUCAGCCGCAGUACAUUCAACACGCUUCAGUAUACCGAGCCAGCGCGCAUUCCAUCACAACUUCAUCUCUCGUCCUCGCCACGUCUAUUAUGUAUCUCCUCGUGCGAAUGUAAACGGACGAAAUAGCUUAAUUAUUUAUUACUAGUAUGAAAUAUAAGACAAGUAUAUACAUUCGCUGUUUUGAUCGUAUUUUUUCAAAUCGAUGCUCGAACACCGCUUUUUGUAUAAAUGUUGGUGAUUAUAAAAUUUUAUCGAAACAAAAAAAAAUGUCGUUCGUCAUUUUAACUUUUAACGUAUUCUCAUUUAAGAGGCUUUUUGACGUUAAUAUUAAUUAAAAUUAUAUGCGUUUGUUUCGAUAUAGUAUAUGCAAAAUGAAGUACAAAUAUUCGAUAUGAAAAGUAACUUUUAAAAGACGUAACAAGAAAAGCCAAGUUACUUAAAAACCACGAUGUUCUUUUGUUUUUUUUUAUUGCUUUCGAAAAUCAUUAAAACAAUUAUGUAAUUAAAUUUAUCUAAUUAUCAUUGUAUUUAAUUAUUUUAUUGUAAAUAUUAUACAAUUAUGUUUAAAUUAAAUUAAUGAUUCAUUCGAUUGGUAAGUUUCGUUGAUUAAAAUUAUAUGUCCUUUUUAUUAUAAUGUAAACUUUCUCACAAGUAAUUUUAGUUUUAAUGUAUUAAAAAUAUAGGUAAUUAUUACCAAAGUGUAUUUAAGUUAAUCACAUUAAGUGUUACAGUUUUAUUUAAACCAUAAUGAAUUUUUUUUUAAUGUUCACUUGGCUACAGAUAAAAAUUAUUCAGCCUAAAAAGAAACGAAAUUUUAAUAGCUGCCAUUUUUAAAUAAAAAUAGAUAUUUAAACUAAUACCAGUUAUAUGUAGUCUUAAAUAAUGUGCCUAAUAUACAAUAGUUCCAAGAGGUGCUUUACCUUAUUAAUGUAAUUGUAAUCUUCCAGUUCACUGUAUUUUAAUUAAAAAGACAUUGCACUAUCAAAAAUCUUAAAUUAAAAAGAAAAAAACAAUUUUAAAGGAACUUUACUAUGACAACUGUCAAAAUAAAAGUUUUUGUCCGAUUAUAUUAAAAAAAAUGGAUGUUAACAUUUCAAGGAAAAAAAAAAACAAGAUUUCUGACAGUUCAAUGACUUACCAGCUAGUCUUUACUAUUAAAUCGCUUUUUAAAUAAGUGAAUAUUUUGUUUAAGAUAUAAUUAAUAAUGUGGCGCUUUUAUAUAAACAUAGGUUUUUACAUUAUAAUAUCUUAUGUAGAAGAGAUUACAUUAAUUAUAUAGUAUAAAAGUACAAUAAACUAUAUAGAUAAACAAGAAAUAACAUUACUUAGUGACCCCAAAAGGUGAUAUUUUUUUUAAAUAAUGUUUUAAAAAUUAAAAUUGUCUUAAUCUUUUUUAUUUGUAUGCUUUUAAAAUCUUUAUGGUAAUAAUAUGUACGUAAUGAUUUUUAAUUAUUAAAAAUAUAAUCUUGAAUUAAAUUUGAUAGUUUUCGUCAUUUUAAAUGUUAUUCAAACCGUUUUCAAAAUUCAUUUAAAUUCGAAAUUUGAAUUUUUAAUAAUCUUUGUACUGCAAACGAAAAAUAUUUUUUUUUCAUAACUAACAAAUUUUCGACAAUAUAUUUUAAUACCUUUGUUCUUAUAUAACAUUAAAAAAAUAUUCCGGUAUAUUAAUUGUAAUUUUAAAUGCAAGUAAAUUGUGAUUAUGUAACUAUACUAAUUACAUUCAUACUGUUGUACAACUAGCUGUUUGUGCCUUCUAUUAGAAACGCGGAAGGUGAUAUUUUUGAUCUUAAAUAAACAAUUAAUGUUUGUAAAUAAUUAUAUACAAGAAA